AGAGAGGCAUGCUGUGGUGCAGAGGUUCCUCCAGUGAGGCAAGCCUCCAUCUCAGCUGUAUUCUCUGGUGUUCCUCCUGCUGGAGUGAAUAUAUAACAGUGAAUAAAUUACAGGCUUCCUUGCAGUAGACUGAGUGCAUGUUGUGCUGCAGUCAGGGCUUGCUGCUGUACUACCCCUCGUCAACUCCAGCUGGCUGAACGAGAGUCGCGUGUCGAGGUCUCAAGGAGAAGAAGCACCUCAUGUGGGGACAAGGGGACUGGACCAGGAGAAGACGCGCAGCAUAAAGGGAUGCAAAGUGAGGGUUGUGAUGCUGGAUGUCUUUCCCACAUUUGCGCUUUGAGUUUUGAGAGGCAGAAAGGUGGGCGCUUAAGGUUUGAGUCACCCCAGUAGCUGAUCAAGGAAGAGAGGAGUCGAGCAGGAAGAUAACGUGGGGAGGAGAAGUUGACAGUGGAAGGAUACAGGAUGAUCUUAGGAAGUGUAAACCGACCGGGGCCGGUCCCUGCCUUCCUCAGGAGCCCGCCUGUCAUCCCACCCCCACUGGACAUGAAGCCCUUCCUCCAGUUCCCUCUGGAGUCGCCUCACCCAGCCAGCAUCGGCCUCUUCCACAACUUUAACACAAUGGACCCUGUCCAGAAGGCUGUGAUGACACACACCUUUGGGCCACCUAUGGUGAAGACAAAACGGCCAAUCAUCUCCUGCAACGUCUGUCAAAUACGCUUCAACUCAGAGAGCCAGGCAGAGGCCCACUACAAGGGGAACCGCCAUGCUCGAAGGGUGAAGGGGAUCGAAACAUCUAAGACAGUUCGUCUCCAAGAUAGUGAGAAGCAGCACCCUCCCCCUACUGCUUCACCCUCCCCACCAGGUCCCUCACCAUCCAGCCCCGAGCCUGAUCCUAAUAAGCAGGAUGUCACCCAAUCUUGUCCCAACCCUAAUGAGUCACCUUUGACCCCUAGCCGCCUCCCGACACCCACACUGAGCUCGACAGAUGUAGAGUGUCCUCUUUUGCCCUCUGUCAACUCGCCUUUGCCAUCCUCUCCCUCCCCCACCGUGGCCCUCAGUACCCCCCCUGCGGAUCCAGCAGUGGCUGGUCUUUCUGACACCCCGUCCCCAGCACCCAGCCUGUCUUCAGGAGAGUCAGAGGAAGAAAAAGCCAAGAAGCUUCUCUACUGCUCUCUGUGCAAAGUAGCUGUUAAUUCCCUCUCACAGCUGGAGGCACAUAACAAAGGUACCAAGCACAAAACCAUUCUGGAGGCUCGGAGUGGACUGGGACCUAUUAAAGCUUACCCACGCUUGGGUCCUAAACCCAGCCCAGAGCAGGGAGGAGAGCUGUCCUCAGACCCCAACACUCAGGAACGCACCUUCCACUGUGAGAUCUGCAAUGUCAGAGUCAACUCUGAGCUGCAGCUUAAACAGCAUAUAUCUAGCCGGAGGCAUCGUGAUGGAGUUGCAGGGAAACCCAAUCCUCUUCUCAGUCGGCACAAAAAGCGCACAGACUUUAUGGAACUUCCAAAAACUCUGGGGGCUGGACUUUUACCAAAUCCUCUAGCUGUUGCUGCAGCGAUGGCAGCCGCAGCAUCCUCGAAUCAGCUGGCACUACGUCCCCCUGGCCCAGCCUCCCACCCUCACCCUCAUCACCACCUCCUACAGGGAACACCCCUAAGUCUGCUGAGGCCUGCCCCGGGGCCUAUCCGCACCACACACGGGCCAAUCCUCUUCACUCCUUACUGAUGGCGAGAGAACGAGUAUGAAUCAGGAAGAAGCACACUGUGAAGUGGAGGCCUGCAACCAUGUGCCAUCAAGAGACAAAUCAGUUUCAUUAUCAGAAAAAAAGUGAACGUGUAUACGACUCCUCAUGGUGCAUAUUGUAGUUGCAGACCGCUGCUGUUGCAUUAACAGAGAGAACUAGAGAUAACUCUCAAAUCUCAAACAUUUCAAAGAGACUGUAUGUUUCCAUUUUCCCCAGUUUCCCUUCAUUGCUUAACUAUCUGCCAAUCACCAGAAUGACUCUGCAGAUAGUUUGAAGAGGAACUUAAAAACAAGUUUCUAUCAAGCAUGGACUUCUUUGAGCAUCCUCCAAUCUGCAACUGACUAAAUAUCUCCACCUAGCACUCAUGAUCCACUGUAUCUGACUCAAAACCCUACCUCUCUUACGUUUUUAAUGUUCAUCUCUGCAAGGAUUCAUUACAUAUCCAAAGUGUUAAUGUUAUCAAAAACACGUCUGCUGGAUUAGAUACAGUAGUUGCCUCUGAUGUUAGCUGGUAUCAUGCUAUAGCUGUCACAGUAUAGUACCACUGUAACGUUCUGUUUUUGUGGCCUAUAAAGAGAAAAAGGUACCAACAAUUUCUGCUCUGUUUUUGCAAUUACUGGCCAACAUUUCUCUGUACCCUAUGUCCACAAUUUAGCAUCUGGCCUAUAUGGUCUUUACCUCUGUGGGACAGAAACAGGAAGUCAAAGAGGAACAACCAAAGGGUAAAAACUGCAUGACGUCUUAAAACUGUGAUGUGUACAACAGCCACAUUCAUGAAUUGGCUAGCUGAUAAGCUGUUAUGAGGAAGUAAUUACUACUGACACACUAUGCAGGUAUCAGUGUUCAUUCUAACAGUCCAUAAAAGGCAAUAAGUUUGGAGAAAAUAAGACCCAUGUUAAAUAUGUUUCUUUUGUGAAGGUCAAGAUGUGACGUCCCCAGUUAAACUGUUUCCCUGACGACUCCCUUGAUUAUCCCUGAAUGGCCACUGGCAACAACCAUGUGGGUCAAAGCACAUUUACAAAAGUCUGUGGUGAGAAGUCUACAUGUAAAUGGCUUAAAUGCAUUUUAAAAAUGACGAUCUAUCAUUUUGUUCAUCUGCACCUCACUGUGCAAAACAGAAAGGUUUCAGCGUCUUAAAUGGAAUAGUUUCUAACACUGUGAGCACAGCAGGGCAAUGGCUGAUUAAUGACUUUAGUAGCAGGUAUUUGCAUUUUGUGCACAUUUAAUUACACAGACCACAUUUACACCACAAUCCCAUAGAAGGAAAUAGUGGGAUGAAAGACACCAGCAUUAUGUUAUAGAAGGAACAGAAAAGGACCACAUACACAGAUGAAUACAUGUAUGCAAAAAGCAAAACAAAAAACAACAACAACAAAAAAAAAACAAAAACAAAAAACACCACAAUUUUUGAUAGUGUUAUAGCCCUGUAGUGGGAUAAAAUGUUUAGUUUGUCUGCUCUGCCUUGUGUACUCCAACCCUACAUGACUCUGAAUUAUCCCAGUGAAAACUGUCAUGAUGGCUUGUGAUACAUUAGAGGGAAGCUUUAGGAAAUGGAAACUGUAGCAAUACUUAAAGCACUCCUGCUAACUUUUCUUGUUAAUUGCAAUAAAAAGAAAUGUGUACAAAUGUAUUAAUUGUUAUUUAGGAGAAGUGUAUUGAAACAUUACUGUAAAUGUAGAUUAUUAAAAAUGAGAAAAGGUACAUGUUGGGGCUUCCUAAUUGUUCAAUUAAAAGAUAAUUAUAUAUGAAAUCAUUAAACUGAGUUUAUGGUUGUCAGCAA